AUUGUGGACAUCCAUGUUACCAUGCCUCAACUGUAACAUGCUGCUGUCCAACUGCUCAAGACUCUCACCUUAACACACCACGGAAGGAAGUCUGCCAAGAAAGUCUUAUAAUCUAAGGUUGUCAUCUCAGACACUAAGUGUACAGAAGAGAAAGACAUCAAACAGCCCAAUCUGUGAACGCUGCAGAAGUGCCCCCUAGGAAAGCUGCACUCAGAGCGGGAAGUUUGCCCAGAGAAGGCUUUCUAACCCGGCAUUGCCACUUUACACAGGUGUGCUGCCUUUAGAGAGGGAAGUUUACCUAUUGAAGCCCCUCUAACCCAGGAUUGGCACCUCACACAGGUGCGGAGAGGAGUUAAGCACACCACCAGUGCUGUAAAUGCUGCAGAAAGCCUUCAGAGCUUCCAGCGGAUAAGCAGAAAGCCAACCCCUGCAGGCAGAGGCUGUUGAGCACUUAGGCUCCGGCACGGGGAUGGAGUAAGUGGGUAGCUGUUACCACGCCAACGGUUUCCACGGCAACGCAGCGGAGUAUUCGCGCCCGCGCUAGUCUGAGUGACGCUGUUGAGAAGCCGGGGAUCAGGAUACUAUGAUCCCCCAUGCACAGCCCCACAACCGCCGCAGAUAGCACAAGGAGAGCCUCGUCACCUUUCUCGCCGGGUUACCACGCCGCGCCCGGUUACGCCACGCCCGGAUACGCCGCCACGCUGCCGAACUUCUCCGCCCCGGGCCCGAUCAUGAUGCGAGGAGGCAGCCGCAGGUCCAUGCUGGCCGGACUCUGCACGUUUCAGGCCUUCUUACUGAUGUACCUGUACUUCUUCAGCAGCGCGCCGUGCGACAAGGGGAAGAUGAUUCCGAAGGAGGGCAGUCAGUACGUCUACGACGCGGAAAACCGUGCCUACCAGUACGACCGGAACAUGCCGCUGAUAUUCAUCGGCGGGGUCCCCAGAAGCGGGACCACGUUAGCGCGGGUGAUGCUCGAUGCUCACCCCUCGAUUCGCUGUGGCGAGGAAACUCGCGUGAUUCCCAGAAUACUCGCCAUGCAGGUCCAGUGGAGAAGAUCAACCAAGGAGAAGUCAAGACUCGAGGAGGCCGGCGUCACAGACGAAGUCUUAGACGACGCGAUCUCGUCUUUUGUUCUGGAAGUGAUCGCGAAACACGGGGAGGCGGCGCCGUACUUGUGCAAUAAGGACCCGUUCACCCACAAAUCGACUGUGUACCUCUCCUCGCUGUUCCCCAAUGCCAAGUUCAUCCUGAUGUUGCGGGACGGGCGCGCUGCAGUUCACUCCAUGAUCACCAGGAAGGUGACCAUAACCGGGUUUGACCUGACCAGCUACAGGAACUCUCUCACCAAGUGGAACCAGGCCAUAGAGAACAUGUACUCACAGUGUGUGCAGGUGGGUCCAACGAAGUGCAUGCCUGUACAGUACGAACAGCUCGUAUUACACCCUAAGGAGUGGAUGGAGCGAAUCCUGACGUUUUUAGAGAUUCCGUGGGACGAAGCCGUGCUGCAUCAUCAGGACUUCAUCGGCAAGCCGGGAGGAGCGUCGCUAUCAAAAAUCGAGAGGUCGACUGACCAGGUGGUGAAGCCUGUGAACCUGGACGCGCUCACGUCGUGGGUCGGACACAUGCCGGACGACGUCGUACGCGACAUGCCGUACAUUGCACCCAUGCUGCAGCGACUCGGCUACGACCCACGCCAGAACCCACCCGACUACGGAAAACCCGACGCGGUCGUACUGGAAAACACGAAAAAGUUAAAAGGGCAGGAGUACCAGUAUAACCCAGACGCCCUGCCGGUCCAGGUCGCCAUUCCCGGCCACCCUGGGGAUGUGAACCCUCCCCUGGGGGAUGCAGGGGAGGGGAAGGGGCAGAUGGAAGCCCCGGGGGUGGGGGAGAACGCCCAGGAGCAGCCCCAGGGGGAGAAGAGGAUGGAUCAUGUACCCGUCCCCCCUGCGUAGUACUUACGUCAUGAACUGUAGUUUCCAAGUGUCCUGUUCAAACAGCUGUCUAUUUUGUCCACGUUCUGGUCGGGUUGAAGUUCAGAGUUCAGAGUUUAAAGUUAAAAAAAGGUUCACGACCAAGGUGUUCUGGAAUGCGAGUGACCAUAUUUGGUGACUCUCAAAACCUGUCAGCAUUUCCAAGGAUUCUAUCUACAUACCAUAUUUGGUGACUUUCAUAGCCCGUCGACAUUUCCUGGAAGUGGAAUUACCAUAUUUGGUCCCGGGGGAAGUUUUACCCGGAACCCACCACACCAGUAGGCACAGUCCUGAUGGUGUCUGUAACCAGGAAUAUUAGCUUGGUGGGUUUGCUUGUUUCUAAGAGCCGAAGUUCUGCAAUAUAAGUCACAGUUUUCCAUGGCUGUCUUGAUCAAAAAGUUCUGUAGCUUCUUUAGAAGUUACUUACCUUUAGUAGUUACAUCAAUUUUUUUUCGAGCACUGUACUUACAAGUUACCUUUCUUUUGUACACAAGCUCCAAGCUUUUUAUGCCUCUAUGACGAAGUUCUGUGAACUUUUACUUUUAAGUUACUUCUUACAGUGUUCUGACACUCAGUCAUAUGUUUGUUCAGAAAAUGUGCAUUACAAAUCUCCCAAGGAAUAUGCUUGGUUUUAUACAGAAAGGUUAUUUUAAAAUGAUACUGUACUUAAAAGGUGGCAGAUGAUUUAUAAGGUUUGAAAAAAGGUCAAGUUACUUGAAUUUUAUGGGCAAUAAUGUUGGUGAGCUUCUACCCGUUGCAAGUUGAAAGUUAGAACUAUUUUUGG